CGCUAAAAUGACCCACUACCAAAAUGAAAACUUAUCGUUUGUGUCGUCUCAGAUUAAUUUGUAUUUUGUAAAUCAAAUGUUCUCCCCUCUUUCUUGUCUUAGAUACAAAACUCGAAUACCAAACGUGAAAAGGCAAAAAUCCAUGCUAUAUAAUAUAUACGAAACCAUAUUCGUGUACAACACAACAUUGCAUCACUAUAGUUAACUACUGGUAACAAAUUCAUUGGUGGCGCCCGCAACUCCACUCCUUAACAGAUGAUUUUUUGUAAGUAACUACAACCAAAUUGUAGUGAUCGAACAUUGCUCAAUCAUUAACUACUGUAAUUAGUCGAUGUUGGUAGCAGAAAGCCCCGAUUAGUAUGCAGGUACUCCCAGUGAUUUAGUAGGCCCCGCUGUCGCUCAAGCGGCAUGUGGGGCUGAGGUUCCCUGGGUUAUCAAAUAAAAAAAAAACUACUGUGAUUAGUAUAAUCAUGACUUUAUUUUCUGGUUAACCAUAAAAUAUGGGAUGGCUAUCUAUACUCUAACCAAUUUCCAUCCCUACACUACACACACCCAAGAUAGCCAAUGAGUGCCCAUAACACUUGACUUAUUUGGCCUCUCAUUUGAGACUUGCAAAUGGAGGUGUCUAAUGUUAAUCAUACAGAUAGUUUGCCGACAUUCUUGAGGAUCUUUUACGAGGGAGUAAUCAAAUGAAACCCACUUAUUAGAAACCCAAAAGAAGUAGGAAAAUUGAUUGCCCCAAAACAUGCUGUAAUCAGUAUAUAGCAACUUGGGUCUAUUUCAGGAUAUUUUUUAACUUAAAGUUAACAAGAUACAAUCAUGAAUUUCACAGGAGAAAAAAUUGCAAUGGGAUUUUUUUACUUUUACAAGUGUUCAAUCCUUCUAGUUUCUCCCCUUUAUCAAGAAUGUUAGCGUUAAGGGUUAGUAAUGAUAUAACUAAACAUCUUCUAAUAAUUUGAGUUAUUGAAACAAUUAGUUUUUUUUUAUGGUAUUAGAGGUUUCUAUAAACGAGAGGUUUCGAAACCCAUGUAAGUGGUUUUCAUUGUAGGAGGUGUGUUAGAUGUGGUAUAAGAUCCAUUAUUAAACCUCUACAAAGAAACUCGAAUUAUUGGUACGAACUGAUAUUUACAUUAACAACCGAUAUAUUCAAUGCACACCUCACAAAAAUGCAAACUACUAAUUCCUUCUAAACUAUUUUUUCGUUUUAGGUCAUAAUAGUAAGGAUGUGAAUCGAUAACUAUUAUGUGUCCAGUACUCAGACAUUUAAAUCUUAAAACAAGUUUGUACCGAGACCAUUGCAUGAAUCCCAUCAAAUAUGGACCCUAUAAACUUAAAGCAAGGAUAAGAGAACUAGUGAGAGUUAAGUUUCAUUAGCAAGUACCAAAUGAGUAGCAUGAUUCGAGAGAAGUAAGAGUUAAUUUUUAUUUAGGAUUCGAAGAAGAAACUAUCAAGUAAAACACAUGUGGUGACGAUACCUUAAAAUUAAUUAACCAUGAAAACUGUUGAUGCCUCAUUCAAGAGAGGGGAUGAGAAUUAGGGAAGGUAAUGGGUGAGGUUGGGUGGGGUUUCUGUAAAUCCAAAUCUCAUUUAGCAUAAAAUAUGCAUUGGGUUUUUAGAAGAGCAAAUUCAACUCAAUCCAACGAGUACUAAGAAAUAAUUAUAUAAUAUUUUUCAGAACACUCAUAUUGGAAAAAUAUCAAAAAAUAUUCCUACAAAUAUAUAUCUAUAAAAACCAAUAUCAUUCCAAAAUUAUUCAUAUUAUUACGUUUAUAUUAUGAUAAAUACUAAUGAUAUCCAUAAAUUAUCAAUAUAAUUAAUGUUAGAUACAAAAUGACGCAUUUUUACUUAUUGGGGGGGUCGAAUGAAAAGCAAAUUGGGUUUGAUUAGGCCCAACCCAACUCGUCAGUUCCAAAAGUGGAUAUUCGAAGUCUAUCAACAAUAAACUUUAUUCACUUUGAUCAGAUUGGUCAGAUUGGAUACCCAUGAGUUCAGUUCGGUUGUAAUCGAGUUGAGUUACACUAUUGUCCGAAAUAAUCCAUACAUGAUACAUACUCAAUCGGAUACAUACUAAGCUAGUACUGCAGUUCAUAACAUAGAGACGUAGGUAGGGAAAUCGGCUGCUUGAUCAUGAAACUUGGGGGGGAAUUAAAGUAACAUUUUUAAAGUGACGCACUAACCUCUAUUGAUAGAACAGGGACCCGACCCAUCUUUUCUCCUGGAUUUCAAUCCGAUUACGUAGCUCUCUUCAGUAUCCUCUAGACAUGGAUGGUAACUACUAACUAAGAUGUGUUUCCCACUAAUUGCUAGUCAUUUUCUUCCUAAUUUUAACUGUACCUGUCUAGAUAGCUAUUGCAAUUACGAGCCCUAUUGAAAAAACAAAAAAACAAAAAACUUUUGGACAAGCCCACACUUUGUCAUUGUCUUGGUUAGACAGCUGGGCAAGGCUCAAAGGCCCAGAAGAAUUGCUUCUGAAAUAAAUAAGCCCACGUUAAUUUAUUCAGAAAAGCCCAAGUUAAGGAAAAGCCCACAGUGUUUUUUUUUCUUUUAUAUUAAAGUGGUCCGAUAAUCAUGAACGGUGGGUCACUUCUCCUAUUACCGUCAACAUUCAACUUAACCACGAUAACCGACGCUAUGAGUUCCUCCGAACUAGCUUUUUUGUAGCGAGGAGAAAUGUAAAUCAAUUACCCAACGAUCCACCUCAUUCAAAAAAUGUGAUACGCCUUCAUCUUUUUCUUCAUAUACAAAAAAAAAAAAAUUCUUUCAUUUUUCCAUAUUAAGGAGAUAACUGCUAUAAACCACUUCAUCAAAAUCCUAUAGCAGUGUCCUCACCUUUGCACUCGAUCUUCUCCCACAGGCCACAAGCCCACAACCAAUCAUUAAGGCAUGACUGAAAUCUGGACAGGGCCGAACAGAAGAAUUGGAGUUGACCCAAUUCUCUAAAUCAUAAGAAGCCCAUACCAACACACAAAUGGUCUGGUAGCAAGAGUCCAGCUCAAACACUGUAGCCGAGUGCCGACAAUAAUCCCUACGCAAGAAACAACAUUAUCAUUAAACGGUAAUCAAUAAGAAUGACCGAAAGUAACCACAUUCGUUUUUCAUUUGUUGUUAAUUAUUUAUCAACGGCAAAAAGCACCUUUUUCCACGAUAAACAACCGUAAUAACCGCAAUCAACUGACAAUUAUUAUACUACUAAUUAAAGAAACAGCAAACCAAUACCAACUAUCCCUUUACUGGGACCGGGAGUGAUGCAUGCCACAUCAUUGGAAUCAUAAGAUGUUAAACAUAAUUAACUCACUUUUUAUCACCACGCAUGCAAUCAUGUUCGUGAUGGCAAUGGGGCGGGGCGGGUACCUCAAUACUCAUGUCCUGUUCUGCGCUAGUACGGGUCAGGGCGGGUAAUAUUCGCGCGGGUACGGGCGGGACGGGUCGAACUACUCUUACAUGCUAUUUGAGAAAAAUACACACUAAAUUUUACUUUUAAUGAUAAAACGAAAGGGAAAAGACUUUAUGAAUGAAUAAUAGUGAUAAUAUAAUGGGUAACUGAGUCUAUUUAAUUGAAAGAUCAAGUCUAACUAGUUGAAGAAAAGCCAAAAUAGGAGAUAUAUGAAUGGAUGGGGUAAGAAACUGACCUAGAACGGAUCAAGAAUGGGGCGGGACUGAUCAGGGCGGGUCGAAAGUUGAUACCCAUGCCCCUCCCCACGCUACUGCGAGUCGGGUAAUACUCGCCCCAUCGCAGGUCAGGUCGGAUAAUACUCGACAGGGCGGGUUCAAAUUGUCAUCACUAAAUCAUGUUGCACAUUUAUUUUGAUACUCUUCCAGUCCAAAAACCAAAACAACCGAAUAAACAUCAGAAGGCUUAAACUCGUAUUUAUAUAUUGAGAUUACAGAUUAUGCAAUCCAACUAAAUCAAACCCUACUCACUAACUAGAAAUCACCAUGGUAUUGGUAGCAGAAUCUCUCUGUCCAAAGCGGCUUUAUAAUAAACUGCAGCACUCAAUGGCGCAACACACAGAACAGAACCCUCGCCUCAAGUAUGAACCAUACAUGUUGGUCGGUUUUGAUUAGGGAUUGCAAUGGGUCGGGUUGGGUCGGGUUUUGCCAAACCCAAACUUAAAUCUAUGGGUUUAUCCGUGAAAAAAAUCCGGGGUAAAACCCACUGGGUUUGAAAAACUCAAACCCAACCCAACCCGCUAGGUAUCCGCGGGUUCAUGGGUACCCACGGGUUUUUGUCGUAAAAAAUUCACAAUAACAAAUUCCUAUCAAAAUUAAAGUCAAAUAUCAAUCUCUCAAUACAAAUUAUCCAUAUAUAAAACACCAUUCUAGAAAAUUCAAGCAAAUCACAAAUUAACUACACAAAUUGUUCAACACCAAUCUAGAAAACUCAAGAAAAUUGAAGCAAAUCACAAAUUAUCCAUAAAUAACAUGAUUAAUCGAAAGCUUCUUCCUUUCAAUUAAGUUUUUCACUCUCCACUCAAUAACAUCAACUUCAUUCUACAUAACUAGAAAGAAAAAAUUAGACUUGUCUCCACAAACAUAAAUAAGAUUAGUUGUUUAUAAUAUUAAAUACGCCGAGAAAAUUAAUGAUAUGGGUGUGGGCGGGUACCCAUGGGUCGGGUUUACCUAAACCCAAACCCAAUCCGGUGAAUAGUGAACGGGUUUAAACCCAAACCCGGCCCAAAACCCGUCAACACGGAUUUUACCCGCGUUGACCGGGUUGGGUCGGGUGGGUAUCCAUGGGUUCGGAUUUUGUUGCCAUCCCUAAUUUUGAUAGUCAAAAUGUGCACAGUUUCCGCGUGCCCAUAUGUCAUAGGGCCCAAAACUGUCAGAAGCAUGUGGUGAGAAUGACCCAAAAAAAUGUCGAGCUCGAGACUGAAUGAAACCCGCUCUCGUCUUGGUCUUGUAUGGUGUGUCAAAAGAUAAAGAUCGCUCCUUUCUGUUUCUAGCUCACUUAUCUUUGGUUUUUCAAUCUGUUUUAAACAAAAUUUUAUAUUUGGUUCGGUCCAUUUUAUAAUUCUCACUUUUCUUUGGUUCUUCAUAAUACUAUAAUAAGUACCAGUUUAUGGCCACAAUUAGCGCAGGAUGGUGGGCCGCGCGAUGGCAAAUCAGUAGUAAAAGUGAAAUAUCCUACACUGCCAUUUGCCAAAUAAACAAAUAUGCAUAAUCCCUGCUAGCUAGUAUCUAGAUUACUGUAUCUGCUAGUUUAUUUGAUUUUGCUUUGCAUGAUAUUUUAUGGCCGAUUACAGCUAAAAUUUAGGGAGUCAUAAGUGGGUUACUCAAAUUUAUUUUUAAUGGCUUUUCAUUGGAAGUUAAAAAAUUAAUCAAUAUAAUUAUCAGUUUGCCCAUCAGGCCAUCACCCUUCAUAUGUUAUGUAGGAAUCACUAUGAUUAAUAUAGUAAGGUAAGGUAAAAGUAAAUGGAUUCUUGAUAAUGUAGAUGGAAGUGAAUUUAAUUUAUUUGUUACAUUAAUUUACACAAGUUUGUUAAAGAUUUAACUAUUUUAAGUUUUAACCAAUUUUCAGUGACUGCAAAGCUUGACAGCCAAUUAUGUAAUUGGCCUUUCUCUCACGUCGAGGAAUAGAGAUUCCAGAGUAAGUAGGUGACAUACACAUUCUUGGGGUGUUGUGGGUUCGUGCGUACAGAGAGAGGUUUUUGGUUUGGGCAACGUGAUGACCUGAAACUUCCUUCCUAAUUAAAACUUGGACAAGGGUUUAUCGUUCUCAUACUAAUUGCGGUCUCAUCUCUUUUUGUUUGCAAUCAGCAAAAUCAUGUUGGAACUUAUGCCCAAAAGUAGUUUGAAUUACUUCGUAUUAGGAUUACAAUCAAAUUCGCGAUUUUGGGUACUCGAUCGUUUUCGAUUUAGUCAAUACAUGGAAUAUCAACAAUGAUAGGUGUUUGUACCACCUAGUUCGAGGUAUGGACAAUGAUAUUUGUUGGUGUGGGGUUGACUCACGAUCCGUUCGUCUGAUCUCGUCGGGAGGGAAGAGACCUGUGAAAGAGCCGGGGUUGCCCCCCGGAUUAAGUUCCGACGAUCAAGUCAGUUUAUGUUUAAGAUGAAAGUUGAGAGAACAAGGUAGAGAGAUAAAGUGUAGAGAGAUAAUGAAAAGUGGAAAGUGGGGAGAGAGGAGAAGUCCUCUCCUUUGGAGGGCUUCAAGCCGUUAUAUACCUGUAGCGGGUAUCGAGCGUUGGGCAUCACCGAUUGUGCGCCCUACUACUUAGUCUGUGCGCGGAGUAUCUUAGUAACACCCCAACAAUAGAAAUUGUAAUUAAAAAAUUAAAAAAAAUGAUAUGUAAUUGAGUGAUUGGCCAAACCAAAGUUCUUUUCCUUUAGUUCACUCCUCACUUUCUCAAAAUUCAAACUCAUAUGUUUUUUCUUCAUUUGUCAUCCUCUUAUAUACAUAAAAAAAAAACACCCAAAACCCGCCUCGCUCUCAUCUAUGCUAAUAGUAUACUUCAUCGGGUAAAAAAAUAGCAAUACAUAAUUCAGCAAAUUAUUUUUCACGAUUUAUACGUAUAAACACAUUUAUUCACCCUCCUUAAUAAUUGUCCAAACUGGUAAUAUUUGAUCAAGUACUUCACCAAGUAGCCUCAAUAAAAUCUAUUGGUUUUCUCUGUUAUAAACAAACUAACAAUUCCGCAACUGAAUCAGUGAGGAUUGGGAAUUAAAGAAGAGAAACACCAUAGCAGCCGGGCCGAGUCAGCAACCUCAAGAACAAGAAGAAGAAAAAGAAUAAAGAAGAAUGGGUCUCGUUUUCUUAAGGGCGUAAAAAAAAAAACAACCAAAUUCAGAAACUAGACUGGACCACGAAUAAACAAACAGCGUCCCACGUAUGUCGCUCCCCCGUAUAUAACAUACCCUUCUUCUUGACUUCUUCUUCAACCUCCUCCUCUUCCGAUUCUUUCUCCUUCCCUCUCGCCCUUCCAAUCUCCUCUCUCUCUCCUUCCCUCUCCCCUUUCCAAUUUUGGUUUUCCCUCCCUCUCCCCCCACAAAAAAAAUGCCCGCCACAGAGUUCCAGCCUUCUAAUUUCCUCACCCGAAUCAGCACCCGCCGCAACCAAAUCACCGCCAUGGACCCCAACCACGAGCUCGAGCUCGAGGACCUGGAGCUCUUCCAGCGCAACGUCUCCGACCGAUUCGCCGACCUCCUCGACCACCCCGGCGACGGCGGCCUCCUCUCCAUCUCCUGGCUCCGCAAGCUCGUCGACGCCUUCCUCUGCUGCGAAGCCGAAUUCAAGGCCGUCCUAAUCAUGGGCCGCGAGCCCACCCAGCUCACAAAGCCCCCACUCGACCGCCUCAUGCCGGAGCUCCUCGACCGCGCCGUCAAGGCCCUCGACAUCUGCAACGCCGUCUCCGCCGGCGUCGAGUCCGUCCGCCACUGCCAGCGCCUCGCCGAGAUCACCGUCGCCGCCCUCGAAAAUCAAAACCCCAUCGGCGACGGCCAGGUCAAGCGGGCGAGGAAGGCACUGGGAGCUCUGGUCGCGUCGCUGGAGGAGAAGGACCACGGCGGGAGCCACUACAAGACCCCCGAGCGGAGCUGGUCGUUCGGCCGGCGGGGAGCGGCGGCGGCGGUGAAGGACCGCCCGACGGCGACGUUUCGGUCGCUUUCGAUGAUUGUGGGGAAGAACUGGUCCGCGGCGAAGCAGAUUCACGCGAUGUGGGCCAAUCUCGUCGCGCCGCGUGGCGCGGAGCUGAAUGGGCUGGCUUUGCCGGUGUACAUCAUGAAUGUGGUGAUGGUUUUCGUGAUGUGGGCCCUGGUCGCGGCGGUCCCGUGCCAGGACCGGGUUGGGCUGCCGCUCCAUAUCCAGAUCCCGAGGCAGUUCGCGUGGGCCCAUAGUCUUAAUGGGCUUCAGGAGAAGAUUGGGGAGGAGUGGAAGAAGAAGGAGAAAAAGGGGUCGGCGGGUUUGUUGGAGGAGAUGCAGAAGAUGGAGAAAUUGAGCCAAGGGUUGAUUGAGUUUGCCGACGGGUUUCAGUUUCCGGUGGAGGAGGAAGGGAAAUUGGAGGAAGUGGCGGCGCAGGUGAAGGAGAUGGCGGAGGUUUGCCGGAGGAUGGAGGAAGGUUUGGUGCCGUUGCAGCAGCAGAUUAGGGAUGUGUUUCACCAGGCGGUGAGGAGCCGGUCGGAGAUGAUGGAGUUGUUGGAACACGCCGGCAAGAUUUCUCAGCCCAUGAUGUAGAAGCGGGGUAAAAUGGGCAUUUGAGGGUGGGAAUUUGUGCAGAGUGACAUGUUUUUUCUUUUUUCUUUUUUGGGUUGUUGUUGAAGGUUAUGGAAUUUUUGUCUGUUCUAUGCUUCUAAUGUGUGAUUAAUUAGACGGCCAUAUGGUAUAGGGUUCCGGCUGCAUAAAACACUAAACAUGUGGAAUUAUGCAUUCCUGGAUGUGAAAUAGCUAAAUAGUACACUCUAUGUUGUGUUAUAUCUAUGAGUGGUGAUAAGAAAGCAUGUUUCAAUGUCUGGAAUUUUGGUAGGAAGUGCAGUAAGGACAUAUGAUUAUGACAAAGUGUAAUCUCAACCAUUUUGUUUAUAGGUGGUAAUGGUCAUUUUGUCAACAAUGUAAUGCUUCCAAAUGCCCCGUUGAAAAUUGGGUUGGGUACGCUUCAUCGAUGUAAGCUUCGAAUUAUAGUAUUUGCUCUCGUGAUAGUAUCAACUAGGAAGGGAUGUCAUCGUGUUAUGAUGAUAACCAUAAUGAUUUGGGUGGAGGGUUCUGGUUCAUUAGUCACAAUUAAGCCUAGCAUGGGAGAAUUACAUUUCUAGAUGUCAGACUGAAGUAAUAACUUGUAACUUGCAAGUUCUGACAAAAAAAGAAGCCUAGCUGGGUGUGUCUUCUUUCUAUUCUAUAUGCAUAUGCCAAUUAUUAUGAGUAUUGGGAAUAAAAACUUUGUAUUUAUGCUUUUAGAGUUAUUAGUUUUGUGCCAGUGAUCAUGUAUUUUCCUUUUGUCUUCACUCCAUCCUCAUUAGCUCACAGGGGCUAAAUAUACAAUAUUAUGUUGGGUAUAGAAAACAUUUAAACCGUUGAAUUUGUCUCCACAAACAAAAUCCUUAAUGUAAUCGUAGAUAACAUUCCUUAAUCAAGACGGAAGCACAUGGCAACAGAAAAUAGUUAUUUAUAUUUAUGAUCAUCUGGAGCUAGCUAGAUAGCUAGGUAAACCCCAAAAUUUUUAUAAUUGAUCUUGUUACGGUUUGAUAAUUGGCAAGUUAAGCCAGUAGUGUUAGCUAGUGACGGUAGAAUGAAAAUGACAUCCGAAU